GUGCUUCUCGGUGUCUCGCCGUCACUCAAUAAGCUGUUAUGACCUGUCCCAUGAGGGAAGCGUCUUCCUCUUUUCUCGCCACCGGUAAACAUUCACCCCGCGGGCUGGUGGAGGAGGUGCUGGACGCGCUGCGACCUGUUGAUAUAGAGCCCACCGGCGCAUCAAUGGAGGCGCCAAGCAGGGAAGAAUGUAACUGAAACCGGAAAGUCAAAAAUACCCAAUUUAACCCCCAAACCCCCAGCACCCCUCUACCACAACAAUCCGCUGAGGCCGCGAUGGAAAUCAUGGACGCUCAGCUUGCCUUGGAGGCCGUGGAGAGACUGCAAGCCAAACUGAAGGAGCGAGGAGAGGCCGCCACGCAGGAGAAACUCUCCCUGCUGAAGACGGUCCUGCAGAGCCCCCUGUUCCAUCAUAUACUCAGCUUACAGCAAGCUCAGCGGAAGCCCCUGGCCAAGUCCUACCAGGGAAAGAUUUCCAAAUCCGUGUCCAUGAACUGUGGCCCCUGCCGGGGCGUGGUGGUGGACCUGAAGACGCUGAGUCACAGCGACUCCUACACAUGGGCCAUGGAGAACCGAGGGACCGCCAGAUCCAUCUACAAGGACGGCAGCACCUCCUACCUAGGCUCGCAGGAUCUGUCCUUCUCGGACAUCUACCCGGACAACUGCGUUCCCACUGAAUCGCAAUACUGCACCCCACCCCGAAUCUCCCGCACCAUGUCGAUGGGGAGACACCUGUCUGCCAUUGCUCACGAGGAUAAGCGUCUGCGUAGCGGUGAUCAAAUCCUGCGCAUCGGAGAUACGGAUCUGGCGGGCAUGAACAGCGAGCAGGUGGCACAGGUGCUGCAAAAUGCUGGUACCAAGGUGAAACUGCUCAUCGCCAGGGAUGUUACCAAGGACAACCACCUUUCAUCUCCGGUCCUCAGCCAAGACAGCUUGGACGGCAAGCUCAAUGACUUGAAUGACGACUACGAGUUCAGUGUGCAGUUCACUAAGAACAGUUGGGGCCUGGGAUUCACUAUUUCCAGCUACAUAGGUGACCUAAACUCAGUCUACAGCGCCGGUGUGGUAGUGAAGAGCAUCGUGAAAGGCAGCACCGUGGACCAAGAUGGACGCAUCAACCUCGGUGACAUCGUCCUCUCUGUGGACGGGGCGAGCCUGCAGGGCUGCAGCGAGCAGCGCGCCAUGGAGGUGCUGAGGAGGACGGGCCCCCUGGUCCAACUGAGGCUGCUGAGGAAGGCUGUGCGUCUGAGUCACAUCCUGGCCCCGGUCCCUCCGCUGCACCCCCUCCGACAUUCCCACAGCUUCCACGAAGGCAAUCCCUACAGACUGGGCCUGAACAGGAUUCAAGAGACAGGAAUCUGCUCCCUGCGUGAAAUCUCCCGGCGAGCGGCAUACGCCAAUGGGCAUCCCCGACACGGCUCCAGAAACGGUUUGAAACUGUCACCGGCUGAGGAGGAGGAGCUGAGGAAGAGGUGGCAGCAUGCAGUCGGACAGCGAUAUGAAGUCAUUGUGUGUCAGCUGGAGCGGUUCAGUGAGACAAGCGGCCUCGGUAUCAGUCUGGAGGCCCGGGCGGGGCAUCACUACCUGUGCUCUGUCUUACCCGAGGGCCCCGUUGGCCAAAGCGGCAUGAUCUUUACAGGAGACCAGAUACUGGAGGUGAAUGGGAUUCCUCUCAUUGGAGAGACGCACAAGGAGGUUGUCAAUAUUCUGAAGGAGCUACCGAAGCAUGUCUGCCUGGUGUGCUCGCACAUUGUACCCCCCAUGAUUCCCUACAGCGAUGAGGAAGAGGAGGAAGACGUCCAUCUCACCCUGAAAGAGUUGCUGGCCGAGUUCAACGACAAGUUGAACCAGGGUUGUGUCAUUCCCUGUCCCACGGCCGAGGACAUCACGAAACGCGGCGUGCCCCCCAUGUCUCCCCCUCUGGCCAUGUGGGAGAGAGACGCUCAGGUGGUCGAGCUGGAGAAAGGCGAGUUGGGACUGGGCUUCAGCAUCCUGGACUACCAGGAUCCUGAAGAUGUCACCAAAACAGUUCUGGUAAUCCGGUCCUUGGUGCCCGGUGGUGUAGCGGACCGAGACGGUCGCCUGCUGCCUGGUGACCGGCUCAUGUUCGUUAACGAGAGUGACUUAGAGGGCUCCAGCCUCGAUUACGCCGUGCACGUCCUGAAGUCCACCGGCUACGGCCCUGUGCUCAUUGGAGUGGCCAAACCACUGCCGCUGGAACUGUGCGGCGGCUUGACGCCGAUCUCAGAGAGGAGCCUGCGGGCUUCCUUCGAUGACACCGACAGCCACGCUCAGAUCAGCCUGCUAGCCGAGGCAGCGGAGGCUAACGCCAACACCCGCAACUUCCAGGACAACAGCGUCAUCCAGCCGUGUUAUAUUUCAACGGAAAACCGGCUGCGGCAUCCCUUCAGCAUCAUGGAGGACGACUAUAGGCAGCGGGCACCGCCUCUGCCCCCCCGCACCAGCUUUGAGAGGACAAUCACUGUUGUCCGGGGCAACCGUAGCCUUGGGAUGUCGGUGAGCGCUAUCACGGACGGCUCAGGCAUGCUGGUGCGCAGCGUGGUCCAGGGUGGCUCUGUCAGCCAGGAUGGCAGGCUUGGGGUGGGGGACGCCAUCUUGGCCGUCAACGGAGAGUCCACCUGCAAUCUGACCAACGCCAGGGCCAGAGCCGCGCUCCGCAGACACUCCGUCGUAGGGCCGGAGAUAAGCAUAAUCUAUGUCCCAGCCCAUCAAGUGGAUCAGUACCGUACCCGUCUGUGUUUACCCCCUCUGGACUCCAUCGCAGUGGACAGCUCCUCUUCCUCACCCACCCCGCUGACCCCUUCCCCGGAGCCCGCUUCCCCGGCCUCGUCCAGAUCCCCAGGUCCGGUCAGAGCCGCGGUUCCGGCUCCGGCUCCGGCUCCGGCUCCGGCCACCCUCAAACCCGUCGCCUCAGUCAAAGUCAACGCCGCAGCUCCGGAUCGUGCAGCGGUCCGAGCAUCAUCCAAAGCUCCAUUCAGAGGCCCUACUUUUACCCCGGCCCCAGACUCAAGUUGGCAGAUUCCGAAAUCUCUCCCUCCCAAGAAGGAUGAGAAGGAGGAGGAGGAGAUGGUAGAGGAGAAGAAGGAGAAGGAGAAGACCGGGGCACAGCCGGAGGUAAAGGUGGACGGAGAGGAGGAACUUGGCGCUCACGCCGCCGUUUCUUGGGAUCAACCGAGAAGCGUGCGGCUGACGCGAGCGCCGGGCCAAUCCCUGGGCCUCAGCAUCAUGGGAGGCAGAGGCAUGGGCCGGAGACUGAGCACCGGAGAGAUGAUGAGGGGAGUCUUCAUCAAGCACAUCAGCCCCGACAGCCCGGCAGCACAUAAUGGCACUCUUCGGACCGGAGACAGGAUACUAGAGGUGUGCGGCGUGGACCUAAGCGAUGCCAGCCACGAGCAGGCGGUGGAGGCCAUCCGCAGGGCUGGAGACUCUGUGCUCUUCCUGGUCCAGUCUGGACAACACAGAUCUCAGUCUCCGACGCUCGCCAAGCACGAGAGACUCACUCCGACGGCCCAGUCCAACUCGCACAGCGGCAAGGAAGCAGAGACUCUCAGUCUGUUCCUUACCCUCUCCCCUACAAACCACUUCACUCCCACCCCCUUUAAGGUGCCUUCGUCGACGUCCGACGGAACGGAUCGGAGGAGCGUCGCGGCACCGGUCACGGCGGCGGCGGCGGCUGAUAGCGAGGGCGAUACCGGCAGGAAAAAGAUGCUCCAGCGUUACGGCAGCCUGUCCGGGAAGCUCCACAUGAUCGAGCUGGAGAAGGACCCCGCGGCCCGCGGCCUGGGGAUCGGCCUCUCGGGCAACAAGGACGGCUGCAGGGCCCGCAUGAGCGUCCACGUGGCGCACAUAGAGCCCCGGGGACCUGCCGGUCUGGACGGGAGGAUACGGGUCGGAGACGAGCUGCUGGAGAUCAACGGUCAGAUCUUGUACGGCCGGAGUCAUCAAAACGCCUCCACCAUCAUCAGCAACGCUCCGUCUAGAGUCAGGAUCAUCCUCCUCAGAAAUGAAGCGGAUCUGGGUCAGACGGGGAGGAGCGAGGAUGCGGUCGACUGCCGGACGGACGCAGCACAGCGCGGGGGAUUAGCCAGAGACCUCCAGCACCGCAUCCCACCUCAGGAUCACACAGGUCUCGGCCUCUGCCUGGCAGCGGGGGAGUCCAAGGACCCAGCCAGUAAGCAGGAUGGCAGGAAACAGCUCGGAGACAGAAUCAUAGCAGUGGGGCAUGAACCUGUGGCAGGCCUGUCCGUGACCAAGGUGUCCACUCAGGUUCAGGAACAGCAGGUCACCGUCAAUCUCUCCGUCAGCCGCUCCAACAGUCCCUCCUCCUCCUCUUCCUCCCCACGUCUUUCCCGUCCCCUCUCUCUCCUCGUCCCCUCAACUCCCCCAUCGCUCAAUGCCACACGGACCUCUCUCACCGGGCCGUCUGAUUGGCUCGGGUCGGCUCCCACGACGUCCGACCCCCUAAUUGGUCCAGUUGUGGCCGGCGGGGAGACCACCAUCGAGUUUUGCAAAGGAAAUGUAGGCCUGGGCCUCAGCAUCGUCGGAGGAUGUGACACCCUGCUUGGGGCAGUAAUAAUCCAUGAAGUAAACGAUGCUGGAGCAGCACAGAGAGAUGGGAGGCUGCAGGCUGGAGACCACAUAUUAGAGGUCAACGGCAUCGACCUGCGGCAGGCCACCCACGACGAGGCCAUCGGCGUGCUGCGGCUCACCACCCAGCGUGUUCGCAUGCGCGUCUUCAGGCACCAGGAGGCCUACAGGGAGGAGGACCUGUGGGACGUCUUCAGCCUGGAGCUGAGGCCACGCCCUGGGGAGGUGCCUGGGUUCGCCACUGUGGGGAAGAGUAAUGACACGGGCAUCUUUGUGUCAGAUCUCAUCAGAGGAGGCGUAGCGGAUUCGGAUGGCAGGUUGUUGCUCGGCGACCAGAUUCUGUCAAUCAACGGGGAGGAUGUCCGCGCGGCAUCGCAGGAGCAUGCACACAAGCUUCUGCAGGGUUGCAGCGGAGCGGUCCAGCUGGAGGUGGCUCGUUUUAAAGAUGGGCUGCAGUACUCACAGCAGAACCAGGAGUACUUUAAAUUGUGUUUUAUCCAGAGCGAAGACUCCGACUGCUCCACUCUGACCCACUCAAGCGGAUGCGAUGCUUCGCUCGGCCACCAGAGGGAGACAUAUAACAAGACAGGGAGCCACUCAAUUCAAGAUUAUCCUGACGCCAAACAAGUCAUAAUACAAAAAGGGCCGUGUGACUCCCUGGGCAUCAGUGUAGCAGGAGGAGCGGGCAGUCCCCAUGACAACGUGCCUCUUUUUAUUGCUACCAUGGAUACCGAUGGACUGGCUAGCAAAACGCACCAAUUACAGGCAGGAGACAGGAUCCUCAGUGUCAACGAUGUGUCCAUGGAGGGAAUGACUGCGGUCCAAGCUGGCGUCCUGCUGCAGAGCGCCACGGGAGCCCUCCGUCUGCAGGUGGCAGCCGGUUCUGGUGGGUGCAGCACAAAGGACCACAACGAUGUACGCGCGCCAUCGUCAGGACAACCGAGCAGCUUGCACAACCACCUCUGUGCUCGCACGUAUAAGACCGUCACUCUGGGGAGGGGCUCCUCAGGCCUGGGCUUCAGCAUCGUGGGGGGGUUCAGCAGCCCUCACGGGGACCUGCCGAUCUACAUCAAAACGGUGUUCAACAAGGGAGCGGCCGUGGAGGACGGCCGGCUGAAGCGCGGGGACCAGAUCAUCGCCGUAAACGGACACUGCCUGGAGGGCGUGACCCACGCCGAGGCCGUUGACAUCCUCAAGAAGACCAGGGGGUCCGUGGUGCUGACAGUGUUCUCUUGAGAACCCACCCCCCUCUCCACACACACACACACACACCCCGUUUGUGUGCCUGCGAGCCCACUGCGUUUUCCGCGAAGUAGCCUCGACGAAAACAACGUCGCCGCCUUGCCGUUGAAGACGUGAUGACGUGAUAUACAUUUGUUUGCAAAAUCACAAGAAGAGUAGAUAUUGUUCAUCUGAAGAUAGUCGGGGGAACCUCUAACUGGGUGUGUUAACAUGCACCGUGGAGGUGUUAUUUAGGAGUAAUUUGUUUAUGUUAUAUGGAUAUGGAUUCAUAUCCCAAUCAUGAAAAUAUCUCUGUAUUAAUACCAGCAGAAUAUUUAAAGCAUAGAAUGCUAAAAGCACCAGAGGCAACUAUUAAAUAAGCCAACUGCUGCUUAUAUAUUGAGUCCUAGUGAUCCAGUUCAAGGUAUUUAUAAUAUAAGCUCGCAUUAAUAUCAUAUACAGUGUUUCCCCUAGGUUUACAGCUUCAGGGGGGCGGGACUAGUGCUGCUAGCCAUGUUGGUGCCCGAAGCUUAACUCCUUAACGAUAGGAAAGGGACCCACGGCGAGCGGGCCGCCACCCUGUUAUAAUGGUAGGGGAAACACUGAUAUAAUUUACAGCAUUCUCGUGAAUAAAUAACUGACCUCUGCCGACCUGUGCGUCCGGAGGGUCACACGUACAUCUGCUGUCCUUCUGUUGUUCUUGCCAAGUGCUUCUGCCAAUCUGUUGCGUGGCAACGAGCUGCCGGGUGCUCCGGAAGUCUGUUUCUCUUCCGGGUCGCUCUCCGUGUCGCGGUUCCUUGAGUCGUCCGUGUUCUUCUUCAUGUCUUUCAAGCUCACCCUGCGAUGUUCUCUCAUAUCUAUUCACCGCAUUCAUGAUGUCUUUUACUCUCGUGGAUUUAGGAAAGCCUCGUCCCUGUUUUAUAUGGAUGCAUUUGUACUGAGAUAAUCAUGCUUUCUCAACAUUGAUCAUUUAUUGAGUUUCAUUCAUGUCAUUAGCCCCCAGAGUCACUGCUGAGGGUAGGGGGGGGGGGGGUUGUGUCACAUUGUGUUUAUUGACUGUUCUGCGAGUGAUCUCAUUAAAUGGUCAUUUGUUUAGAGUUUUGUAUGCAGACAUUUUGUUCUUCUUCUGUUGAUCUGCUCACUUCCUUCCCUGAUGUGUGUGUGUGUGUGUGUGUGUGUGUGUGUAUGUGUGAUGAUGCAGAGGCACUUGAGUGAGAGAAGCUUGUGAUAUCACGUGUUUGAAUCCUCAACCCAUUGAAGAAGUCUAUGAUCUGAGACUCCUGAGCGUUCUAAUGAGGACGUCUGUGCCCGCGGUUACGUUUCUUUAAGGAGAGGCGCAGAAAUCUUACUUUUUUAUUUCCAAAAGCAGGCGAGCUGAAUUGUUGCCAUGGGGUCUUUUUUUAUUGUCGCAGUUAUGCUUUUUGUCUCUCUCUCUCUCGCUCUCUCUUUGUCAAACAUGAGCGCAUAUUCAAGGUCACUCGGCUUUAGUGUGUGUGUGACAGAGUAGACACAACACAAAACACUUAAUAAAGUGCCGGAGGUAAAAGUAA